UUUUCUUCCAUCCCUCCUUUUUCCUAUCUUGUUUCCUUUUCUACAUCAACAAGUAAAAUCCAUGUUCUUGAUCAUAUAUAUAUUCUCUCUUUUCAUCUUUAUGUGAAAGAAAGAUGGUAUGAUUAUCAAACAACACUAAAGUCCACUUGAUUUCAUACCUCUUUCUCCACCACAACUCAAAACACAGAUAUCUUCAAGUGGGGUUUUAAUUUUCUUCAAAUUUCAACACCAAUCACACAUAGAUACAUACUCAAUAUUAUGUGUGACAACAACAAAGAGAAUGAAGAAAACAUCCAUAUCAUAACUGACAACAUUGAGGGUUUCCAAAUUCAGGAUCAAAAUCUCAACACUAGCCCUCCAAAUAUGCAGCACCAGCACAACACUAGCACAGAUGCAUACCUAAAUGGAGCUGCCGACGUCUCACAGAUCCUACCGUGGACCCUCAACCCGGCCCACGACCCCUUCCUCCUCCCGCAGGCCCGGGGACUGCAGUACGGAUACGACGGUGACCACCACCUGAGGUUCCUCACUGAGUCGUUCAGCCAGGUUGUGCAUCCCGGCGGUGGUGGCGGCAUCCCUUUCGGCCUCCACGCCGAGCUGCAGAAGAUGACGGCACAAGAAAUCAUGGAUGCCAAAGCUCUCGCGGCGUCGAAAAGCCACAGCGAGGCUGAGAGAAGAAGAAGAGAGAGAAUCAACAACCAUCUUGCUAAGCUCCGAAGCUUGCUCCCUAGCACCACCAAAACAGACAAAGCUUCAUUGCUGGCUGAAGUGAUCCACCACGUGAAGGAGCUGAAGCGGCAGACAUCCCUCAUCGCAGAGACGAGUCCGGUCCCUACCGAGAUAGACGAGGUAAACGUGGAUAACGAAGCGGACGAGGAGGGUAGAGCGGUGAUCAAGGCGUCCAUAUGCUGCGAGGAUCGGUCGGAUCUGUUGCCGGAUCUCAUCAAGGCGCUGAAAUCCCUCCGCCUGCGAACACUCAAAGCGGAGAUCACCACGCUCGGUGGAAGAGUGAAGAAUGUGCUCUUCGUAACCGGAGAUGAUGAAUGUGAGCACUCCAUGAGCUCCAUUGAAGAAGCGCUUAGAGCAGUGAUGGACAAAACUAGUGAUCAAUCCGGUUCGGGGAGUGUGAAGAGGCAGAGAACCAAUAGCAAUAUCCUUGAUCAACAGGCUUCUCUUUCAAAUUCAAUUCAUCAUUUUAUGACCUAAUUUAAUCUGUCUUUAUUGGAGGUUUUUUAACUGACACGUGCAGCGCCACCGUAUGCCGUUUUCCUCCGCCGCCGCAUGGUGGGAAUGUAUAUAGGCCAAAUCAUUGGUAUAUUUCUCUUUUUGGGUGUUGACUGUUGAAGGUUUGGAUUAAGUUGUGGUUAAGACUUAAGUAUAUAGGUAUGUUGACUUGGGCCUUAAUUGGUUAGGCUUGUAAUCUAAGUGCAACAUUUUUUCAUUGCACUGCUUCUGAAAAACCAUGCUUUUAUCUUUUUAA